AUGAACUUCGCCCGAGAUGUGGCGCGACAGACCAGCUCUUAUACUUAUGUCAUAGAAGAUGAAGCACCUGGACUGGCGAGUCUGAAUAUAUUUGGGUUGGCAGAGAAGGGUGACCUGGCCGUCCUGGAGAGCCAGGUGAGGAAAAGCCCCGAGCUGCUCAAAGAGAAAGAUGAACAAGGAGCUGGUCCUCUUCAUCAUGCUGCUGCAGAGGGCCAUGUCUGCCUCAUCCAAUUCAUCAUAUCUGUCGACUCAGAGCUGUUGAACAGCAAAGAUGAGCAGGGGAAUGUGCCGCUGCAUUGGGCAGUGGAAAAGAACCAGGCGGAGAGCUGCAAGGCCCUAAUGGACCUGGAGGCUGAUCCAAACAUCCUCAACAAAUCUCUGCUGGCACCACUGCAUCUGGCUGUGAGCAAGGGCCACAACAACCUCAUUGAGUUGUUCAUAUCAUACAGCAGAACAGAUCUCAACUUUGAGGGAGACCUGGGGAACACUCCUCUAAUACUGGCCAGCUGCAUUAACAACUCUGAAGCCCUGAGCAUCCUGAUAAAGAAUGGAGCCAAGCUCUGCCACCAGAACCGGCUGGGUCACUUCCCAAUCCACGCAGCUGCCUUUUCUGGUUCAAAAAAGGCGAUGGAAGUCAUCCUCAAAGCAGGUGACGAGAUUGGUUAUGGGCCUCUGAAGCAAAUUAGCUACCUGGAUAAAAGUAAAAGUAGCCCCCUCCACCUGGCUGUCCGUGGUGGUAACCUGGAAACCAUUCAGUUGUGCCUCGAAACUGGAGCAAAAGUGGACCAGCAGCAGAACGACAGGUCCACGCCGCUUCAUCUGGCCUGCACACAGGGCGCCCUUGAAGUUGUCAAAAUCAUGUUGUCUUCAGUUGAUCAAGUAGCCGACAUUAUUAAUCUAACAGACGGAGCAUCCCAGACACCACUGCACAGGGCAACAAUAUUUGACCACACAGAGUUGGCUGAAUAUCUCAUUUCAUUGGGUGCAGACCUGGACAGUGUGGACUGUAAAAGGAACACUCCACUGCUUUUGGCCACAAGCUGUGGAUCAUGGAGGAUCGUGGCUCUGCUUCUCUCAAAAGGGGCCAGUGUUCAUGUACAAGACAUACGCGGAUGCAAUUUCCUCCAUUUAGCUAUUAUGCAACCUAAAGGGCUGAAGAAUCUGCCUGAGGAAGUCCUACAGCUGGGGAGUGUAAAGUUGUUGCUGAGUUCCGAGGACAGUGAAGGCUGCACACCUCUGCACUACGCCUGCAGACUGGGGAUCCAUGACUCCAUCAAAAACAUGCUGGGUUUGUCUGGACAAAGUGGCCUGGAGUACAAGUCCAAAGACAAGAAGUCAGGCUUACACUUUGCUGCUCAAUAUGGUCGUUUCAACACAUGCCAGCGCCUCCUGGAGAACCUUAAGGACUCUCGCCUGUUGAAUGAGGGGGACGAGCACGGGUACACUCCCCUGCACCUGGCCUCUGCUGGAGGACACACCAACGUGGUGCAGCUACUGCUGCGCAAGGGGGCGCUCUUUCACUGUGAUUAUAAGGGCUGGUCCUGCCUGCACCAUGCUGCCUCUGAAGGCUACACUAAGACUAUGGAUAUUCUGCUUUCAGCAAAUAUUAAACUUUUGGAUAAAACAGAUGAAGAUGGGAACACAGCAAUGCACAUAGCUGCCAGAGAAGGUCAUGUGGCUGCAACCAAAUUGCUGCUGUCCCGUGGCGCUGAGAUGAUACUGAACAACAACGAGGCAUCUUUCAUGCAUGAUGCGGCACAGAAUCUGAAGAAAGAGGUAGUCAAGGCAGUGAUAGACAGUAACAGAUGUGCAGAGGCCCUCACUACGUUUAUCCCCGGUGGAACACAACAGUGUCCAGUUCUGGACUUGAUUGAACACCUCCCUGAGAGCUGCAAGCACCUGUUGGACAGCUGUGUGAAGGAAUCUGACCAUGACCCCAAUAAUCCAGACUUCCAUAUUACUUAUGAUUUCAGAUGGCUCCAAGCACCCUUGGAAGCAAGAAAGCAUUCUUUGAUGCCAGCCUUGGGACCUUUAGCUUCUCUUAAUUCAAUGGUCAAACACAAUCGGAUUGAACUCCUCAAUCACCCUGUGUGCAAGAAGUAUCUGGCAAUGAAAUGGGUGGCAUAUGGGAGCAUUGCUCAUGUACUUAACAUGUUCCUGUACCUGCUUGGUCUUCUGCCUCUCACUCACCUCAUAGUGUCUUUGAGACCCACAUAUAACAUCACAGAGACAGGCGAGCAUGUCGUUACAAUGGUGCCCAUUUGUUUCUAUGAGCAAAAUGUGUUCCUAUCCAUCUGCAUGGUGAUGGUGGUUGUCAUGAACAUCUACUCCAUCUGUAAAGAGGUGGUGCAGAUCUCUCAACAGCGCUGGAGUUACUUCAAGGAUACUUCUAAUCACAGUGACUGGUGCUGUGCCAUAUGUUCUCUGGGAUUUGUGAUUCCCCUCAUGCUAAAUGCUCAAGGGUCAUUUCACUGGCAGGUUGGGGCCAUUGCCCUAUUGCAAUCCUGGGUGGGAUUCCUACUUUAUCUGCAGCGGUUCGAAGACAUUGGUAUUUAUGUCGUAAUGUUUGGAGAGAUCAUGAAGACCCUUGUCCGCAUUGUAAUGGUCUUCUUGUACCUGCUGUUGGCUUUUGGACUGGCUUUUCAUGCACUUAUGCUCAACAAGAAAGAGUUUGAAAGUGUCCCGCUUUCUAUUGUUCAAACCUUUGUGAUGAUGGUUGGUGAACUGAACUACCAAAACAACUUCUUGGACCCAUAUAUGAAAGAUGAACUGCCUUUUGGGCUCCUGACGUAUUUCAUAUUCAUUAACUUUGUCUUGCUAAUGCCCAUUCUGUUAAUAAACCUAAUGAUUGGUCUGGCUGUUGGGGACAUUGCUGAGGUUCAGAGGAAUGCCGCUCUCAAAAGAAUAGCCAUGCAGAUUGACCUGCACACCACCUUGGAAGAAAAGCUUCCAUAUUGGUUUGUGAAGCGAGUCGACAAAGUAUCGAGCAUUGUUCAUCCCAACCGCAAGUGCUCUAAGGAUUUCUGGAAAACGCUUUUCUGGGGUGAAAAUAUUGAACCAGUGUGGAGUCGCAUGCAGGCCAAACCCUCGUCCUGCACAAAGAUUGAGGAUGAGUUAAAGAAGCAGAAGUACAGAAUGAAGGAAAUGACAAGCAAUCUCGAAAAGCAGCACAACCUCUUAAAGCUCAUAAUUCAGAAAAUGGAGAUCAGUGAGGAGGUCGACGAGUAUGACGGCCCUAUAAAUCUCAAAGGAAGUAUGUGGCCAAGCCUGGGCAAAUGCAAACCCAAGACCCAGUCCGAGUCUCGCUGGGUGCCCCUGCUGAAAGCAAUAGAAGCCAAAAAAAACAAAUAA